UUUAUUUAAAUUUCAAAUUUUUUUGAAAAGUGUUUAUUUUAUUUAAAUUUUAUUAUUUAAAAUUUUAUAUCAUAAAAACUACUUGAAUAUAUGUGUAUUUAAUUUUUUUGCUUAAUAACUAUUUUGAUCAUCUUUGUUUGUUAUUUUUUAGAGCUAUUUUUAAUAUAUUUCUUAAUUUAGUGAAGAUCUGGAAAAAAAUUGGAAGAAGAAAACAUAUCCAAGUUCAUAUUCAAGUAGAUGCGGUUGAAUGUUGAGAUGAUUAUUUUUCGAAGUACACAAAGCAGUGGAGGUUUCUAUUCGUCGUUGUCACCUGACCGUGGUCGGCAUGGAUCAUUGGCGUUGUCAGUCCACUGCUUUGUGUGCUCACGAGAUAACCAUCUCGUAAAGGAACUCAUGGAUCAUCUUGGCCUGAAUAUGGGGACAUAUCCACAGGCUUUCUACCAGCAAGCAACUCGAGAAGGACCACGCCGUAACUAUAAACAUCACUCUUGACGAGUAGGUGUCCUGCCAUUGCAUAUUCUGGCGCUACAUACGCAUAUUUCAAUAGGAGACUCAGGUAGAUGUCUUGUCAUUGCCUUUUGGUAUUAGUUCAUCUCAGAUCCGGCCUUUGACAUGUAUUCAAGGUGCAUUUGCCACCGAAAGAAAUCGUGGAUCAUAUAGAUCACCGCUAAUUUAUAUUAUCCUUUAAUUUUAUUUCCUUGGUUUUAUGAUUAUACAAUUCCUUAGGUAACGUGAGAGUUUGCCACGUAGCAUACAUGCAUGCAGACAUAACAAAGGGACGUGUGAACAUGACAAAAUAAACGGUGACAAGCAAUAUGAAUUUCUCUUGCUCUCUUUUAAAGUAUCUUUUUCACGUUUUAUUCUCUUUAGCAGCUUCAAGAUCUUGCAAGAACAUCCCUAACUCUUUCUUCCAUCCUUUGUUAUUUGCUUAAAUCGUGGAGUUAACAACACCAGAAACGAACACUGUCUAGAUCCAAACACUUACCAAACUAGACGAUCUUUACUACCUAUUGAUGAAUCCACAUUUAUGUUUUCCUAUAUUAAAGGAUAUAAUCAACAUCAAUGGUCAACUUUAAGAAGAUACAAUAUGAAAAAAAAGAAGAUAUAGAAGGCCUCCAAAAACAUGAAGAGGAUGAAUUCAGCAAAAGAAAAAUGUCAUAUCAUCUCCCUGUGCAAGCAAAAUCUCGCGCGCGGAUUAACAGAGAUCAUUGGAUAUAAUUGAAAUGUACAUUAGCUCCUUUGUUUCCUCAUGGCUCCACUUAACGAGUCUCUCGCAACAACCAUCGAUGCCAUUGAGACCAAACCCAUUGCCGUUCCGAAACUCAAGCCUAGGUUGCAAGAAAACUGUUUUAACCUCUCCCAAGGGAUCUUGCGUGCCAAACACUCUUCCCCAAUCCUCUCCGAUGUUCCUCAAAACCUAACGUUCACUCCGUUUGCGACUCCUUCCUCCACCGAUGCUCCUUUCCAGACCAUCCUCCGUGUUCAAGCCAACGCUCACAAAGGAGGGUUUCUCGGAUUCACCAAGGACUCACCCUCUGACCUUCUCACGAACUCCUUGGGGAGGUUCGAGGACAGAGAGUUCCUCAGCGUCUUCCGGUUCAAGAUGUGGUGGUCGACGGCAUGGGUCGGACAAUCCGGGUCGGAUCUUCAAGCCGAGACUCAGUGGGUCAUGCUUAAGGUUCCUGAGAUCGACUCCUACGUGGCCAUCAUACCAAUCAUCGAAGGCUCUUUCAGAGCUGCGCUGCACCCUGGCGAAAACGGUAACGUUUUGAUCUCUGUGGAGAGUGGCUCUACUCAAGUCAAAGAGUCCUCUUUCAAAGCCAUCGCUUAUGUUCACGUUUGUGACAAUCCUUACAACCUGAUGAGAGAGGCUUUCAGCGCGCUUCGUGUCCACAUGAACACGUUCAAGCUUCUAGAAGAGAAGAAGCUUCCGACGAUCGUGGACAAGUUCGGUUGGUGCACGUGGGACGCUUGCUACUUGACCGUUGACCCGGCGACGGUUUGGACCGGUGUUAAGGAGUUUGAAGACGGUGGCGUGUGUCCCAAGUUUGUGAUCAUCGAUGACGGAUGGCAAAGCAUAAGCUUCGACGGUGGUGAGCCGGGGAAAGACGCGGAGAAUCUUGUUCUUGGUGGUGAGCAGAUGACCGCGAGGCUUCACAGCUUCAAGGAGUGCAAGAAGUUCAGAAACUACAAAGGUGGGUCGUUUAUAGAGUCUGACGCCUCUCACUUUGAUCCUCACAAGCCUAAGAUGAUCAUUUACAAAGCCACGGAGAGGAUCCAAGCCAUCAUAGAGAAGCAGAAGCUGGUCCGUGAGUUUGGGGAGCAUGAUCUUCCUGAGCUUGAUGAGAAGAUCAAGAAGUUUAGUGAAGAACUCAACGCAAUGUUUGAUGGUGAACAAGAGUCCUUGGUCUCUGAGGAUGUUUCCGGGUCAGGUAUGGAAGCUUUCACUAGGGAUUUGAGGUCAAGGUUUAAGAAUUUAGAUGGUAUAUACGUGUGGCAUGCUCUCUGUGGUGCUUGGAACGGUGUUAGGCCUGAGACGUUAACACAUUUGGAAUCCAAGGUUGUUCCAUUUGAUAUUUCACCUGGUCUAGAUGCUUCAAUGACUGAUCUCGCGGUCGAUAGGAUUGUGGAAGCUGGUAUUGGUCUUGUUCACCCUUCUAAGGCUCAUGAGUUCUAUGAUUCAAUGCACUCUUAUCUUGCUAGUGUUGGAGUUACUGGAGCCAAGAUUGAUGUCUUUCAAACCUUGGAGUCAGUAGCAGAAGAACAUGGAGGAAGAGUGGAGCUUGCUAAGACUUACUAUGAUGGCUUGACCAAAUCUAUGGUUAAGAACUUCAAUGGAACUGAGAUCAUUGCUAGUAUGCAACAGUGCAAUGAGUUCUUCUUCCUUGCCACUAAGCAAAUCUCUAUAGGCAGAGUUGGUGAUGAUUUUUGGUGGCAAGACCCACAUGGUGACCCACAAGGAGUGUACUGGCUACAAGGACUACACAUGAUUCACUGUUCUUACAACAGUUUGUGGAUGGGUCAAAUGAUUCAACCGGAUUGGGACAUGUUCCAAUCAGACCAUGUCUGUGCCGAGUACCAUGCGGCGUCUAGAGCCAUCUCUGGUGGACCCGUCUACCUCAGUGACCAUCUUGGUGAAGGCUCGCAUAACUUUGAACUCAUCAAGAAACUUGCUUUCUUUGAUGGUACCGUCCCAAGGUGUAUCCACUAUGCUCUUCCCACAAGAGAUUCUCUAUUCAAGAACCCUUUGUUCGACAAAGAGUCAAUCCUCAAGAUCUUCAACUUCAACAAGUUUGGAGGAGUGAUUGGAGCAUUUAACUGUCAAGGAGCUGGGUGGAGCCCAAAGGAGCAUAGGUUCAAGGGUUACAAAGAAUGUUACAUGUCAGUUUCAGGAACAAUCCAUGUCUCGGACAUAGAGUGGGACCAAAACCCUGAAGCUGAAAGAUCUGAAGUGAUCUACUCCGGAGAUUACUUGGUCUACAAGAACCAAUCCGAGGAGAUCCUUUUCAUGAACUCCAAAUCUGACGCGAUGGAGAUAACCCUAAAGCCAUCUUCCUUUGAUCUGUUCAGUUUCGUGCCUGUCACGGAACUAGGAAGCUCAGGGGUUAGGUUUGCACCUCUAGGGUUGAUCAACAUGUUCAACUGUGUUGGAACUGUCCAAGAGAUGGAGGUUAAUGGUGGUAACAGCAUUCUGAUUGACGUAAAAGGAGAAGGUAGCUUCAUGGCGUAUUCGAGUUCUGCUCCAGAGAAGUGUUACGUGGGAGACAAGGAAGCUGAGUUUAAGUGGGAGGAGGAAACUGGUAAACUCAGUUUCUAUGUUCCUUGGGUUGAAGAAGCUGGUGGCAUCUCUCGUCUCUCUUUCACCUUCUAAGACUUCGUUUAGAUUUUAUUUUCUUCAUUUUGAACUCGAAUAUUCUGUUUUGGAUUUCGUUUUUAUUUAUCCUUUGAUUUGGAGAAUUGUUAAGCAAACUUAAUAUUUAUCGAAUUAGUUUGUUUUUCUUUUCUU